UGCUCAAACAGACGGUUUUGUACGUUAUCGAUCACGUGAUAAUGAUACUUUUGAAACAAGCAUCGAUAUAUUGUCCGGUCGGUAGUGCGUCAGAAACGGCAUCGGAGCUCCGGUAUCAAUCGUCCCAUCACUAUGGUUAUUCAUGAUGACGCCCUCUUGAGGUCAGUGUGUUAGGUGAUGUUCCUGUUGACCCCGUUGUGACCUUGGUGGUUUCCGCUGGGACUAGACAAUCGUAAGCAGAACUGUCAAGUCACACAAAGAUGACAUCAACAUCCCCCUCCCACAGCGACAGCAGCAGCGGCUCGUCCAAACAUGGCAGCCAUCAGGACAGCUGGGAGAUCAUAGAGGGGCUAAAGGGUAACCCUGGCAACAUCCAGGAGCCAGAGAAACAGGAAGGCUUCCUGCUCAAGAGGAGGAAAUGGCCCAUGAAGGGAUGGCACAAGAGAUACUUCUUGCUGGAGAAAGGCAUUCUGAAGUACUCAAAAUGUAGAGCUGAUCUGAGGAAAGGCAAGCUGCAUGGCUGCAUUGAUGUGGGGCUGUCUGUCAUGUCAAUCAAGAAGAAAACCAAGGCCAUCGAUCUGGACGCCAACGACAACAUUUAUCACCUCAAGGUGAAGUCUGAGAAGUCUCAGGAAGUGAAGUCACAGGAGUUGUUUGAUGAUUGGGUGUCGAAGCUACGACAUCACCGUGUCUUCCGUCAGAACGAGAUCGCCGUGUACCCCCACGAGAGGCACCUGUUUCACCCCUCCUCACACCUCUCUCCUAACCUCAACGACUCCAUGAGACGGCAGCACUCCAGUCUGGCUAAGCAGGCGUCAGUUGUCCAGCAGGCGAAGGUCAGUGCCUGGCUUCACUCCUCAGAAGACAUGGACAGGUGCUGCAGAGACUUGGAGGACUGUGAGUCUUACCUGUUGGAACUCAACCUGCUGCUGAAGAGUAUGGAGGUUCUCCACCGCACUUCCUCUGCCCCCGCCAUCAGCCUCAUGGCUUCAAUGUAUGACAUUCCCAAGAAGGAGAAGAGGGGUCCCAGGAAGUGGCGUUCAAAAAAUUACACCAAAGAUGCCCCAGCCACGCUACAGGUUCCUGGCUGUGGCUCACCGCCUGCCUCUCCUCAUCUCCAUACCUCCCACCCAAACCUCUCUACUGCUGAAGCCAACACCUCCUUCCUGGAAACCCCAGACUCACCUACUGAUGCCAACCGCCUCCAGGAAGACUUCUGCAGGCUGGCUAACAACAUUCACUCCACUCUGCGGUCAGCCUAUAGUUCUCUAUCAGCAGAGAGAGACAGAGUGAGACACACUAUUGACCUGAAGGCUCCUCCUCCAGCGCAGGUCAUGGGCCUCAAGACCGGCUAUGGUUCGGGUCUCCCAGAUGGAUCCCGCCAACUUGUCCACCAGGCAUCCAAUGAGUCCAUGUCGGAGUUCUUUGAUGCUCAGGAGUACCAGCUGACCUCCAGCUCCUCUGAGAAUGAGGCUUCUGAUGAUGACUCGUAUAUCAGUGAUGUCAGUGACAGUGUUUCCAUGGACACCGGCUACAGCAACGAGGGAGGAAGUGAGAGACAUGACUCUGCAGGCUCAGGAGGAAGUGGUGUUCAGGUGGCCCGCAGGCGGACUACCCUCCCCUCCCCCCAACCCAGCAGCAGCAGUGUCAGUCUAUGGAACAUCCUCAAGAACAACAUUGGGAAGGACCUGUCCAAGGUAGCCAUGCCUGUUCAUCUCAACGAGCCUCUCAACACACUGCAGAGGCUGUGUGAGGAGGUGGAGUACUCUGAGCUGCUGGAUACAGCGAACCACACACAGGACCCGUACCAGAGAAUGGUGUAUGUGGCAACAUUUGCAGUGUCUGCAUAUGCCUCCAGUUACCACCGGGCAGGAAGUAAACCCUUUAACCCCGUCCUGGGAGAGACCUACGAGUGUGACAGACCUGACAAGGGCUUCAGGUUCCUAGCAGAACAGGUGAGCCAUCACCCACCUGUGUCAGCGUGUCACUGUGACUCUCACAACUUCACUUUCUGGCAAGAUGUCCAGUGGAAGAAUAAGUUCUGGGGGAAAUCCAUGGAGAUUGUUCCCAUGGGAACCACUCAUGUGACCCUGCCAGGGUUUGGGGACCACUAUGAGUGGAACAAGGUCACGUCCUGCAUCCACAACAUCCUGAGUGGCCAGCGCUGGAUAGAACACUACGGAGAGAUGUCAAUCAAAAAUACCAGCAGUGACGCCUGCCAGUGUACAGUGACCUUCGUCAAGGCAAAAUCGUGGAGCUCAACGGUGAACAAGAUAGAGGGAGUGGUUACAGACAGUGGGGGGCGUGUCAUCCACUCAUUCUUUGGCAAAUGGCAUGAAGGCGUGUACCAAGGAGACACACCCUCUGCCAUCUGCAUCUGGAGAGCAAACCCCAUGCCUGUGGACCAGGACCAGUACUAUGGCUUCACUCAGUUUGGUGUGGAGCUGAAUGAGCUUGAUGCCGCCCUGAAGCCCUUCCUACCCCCCACAGACACACGCUUCCGUCUCGACCAGAGGUGUUUAGAAGAAGGGAACAUUGAGGGGGCUGAGGAGCAGAAGCAGAGGAUAGAGCUGCUCCAGAGAGAAAGGAGAAAAGUCCUGGAGGAGAACAACAUGACGCACAAACCACUCUUCUUCAAGAAAUCAAAGGAUGACACGUGGCUGAGCUCUAAUACAUACUGGGAGCAACGGAAGGACCCUGGGUUCAGCUCUAGAGAGGACUUCCCUGUGCUGUGGUGACCCUGUAACCCCACAGGAGUACAGAUCUAGGGUCAGAUUAUCCUUGCCCACAACAGACACAGGAUUUUCCAAAACGGGGAUCUCCACCUCCACACCAAAAUUGCCGUCUGCAUCACCACACUUCUUUACAGCUGUGAAGCCUGGGUCACUUAGUCGCCACAACAAGCAGCUCAAGCGAUUCCACAGAAGAUGCCUGCAGCGCAUCCAGGGAAUCACCCAGUGCCACCGUGUCCUGUACAGAAAUACUUGUUAAGACCAACUGUGAGAGAAUGGAGGCCACGGUCGCCCAACACCAACUGAGCUGGCUUGGGCAUAUCAUUAGAAUAUCUUGGGAGUGCUUACCAUGGAAGAUCCAGUAUGGCCAGCUAUAUCUUGGGAGUGCUUACCAUGGAAGAUCCAGUAUGGCCAGCUAUAUCUUGGGAGUGCUUACUGUGGAAGAUCCAGUAUGGCCAGCUAUAUCUUGGGAGUGCUUACUGUGGAAGAUCCAGUAUGGCCAGCUAUUUCUUGUGAGUGCUUGCUGUGGAAGAUCCUGUUUGGCCAGCUAUAUCUUGUGAGUGCUUGCCGUGGAAGAUCCUGUUUGGCCAGCUAUAUCUUGGCCGGUGGUCUGUAGGCGGGCAGCUAAAAAACGUGGCUGAAGAAGAGCAACAUCAAACCCACAGACAGAGAGAAUGCUGCUGCCGACCGUUCCACCUGGAGGCAGCUCAGGAGGGUGUACAGAGGAGAGGAGGAGCUACGGAGAGACAGAACCAUGCCUGCCCCUGCCAACACAGACAUAUGCCCCACCUGCAAUAAAGUUUGUAUCUCCGAUUGGACUCUACACUCACUAAAGAAUUCACCGUUAACUCAGAGGUGGAAGUCCUCAUCGGAUACAAUGGACUACCUUAAGCCCACAACAAACCUUAACCAAUACAGGGGAAACUCACAACUGACCUUAGAUCAGCACUCGGAGACAUCACUGGAGUCGAAGCUCUGACCCUGUGACUGGGGACUGCUGAGUGUCAGUGUGACCAAGACCAAAAAUGAGCUUCCUGUGUCUGUAGGUGGAGCUAAAAUAGGUCUCGAUCUCUUCAUCCUAAUACAGAGUUUUCACUUGAUUCUUUGUUUAAAAGAAAAGAAAGCAUCUUUAAAUGUUUUUGUCAUGUCUUUAGUCUUUCCAGGGACAGGGUUCUCUUCUUUCAAUUGGAUCAUUUUCUCUAUGUAUGUUUUAUUCUGUCACUGUAGUUCGGAUGCAGUCCAGCCACCAAAGUGCCUUUUAAUAUGGAAUGCUGUUCUACUCACAAUAACCUGCUGUAGAUGAUUAUACAAAUCCUCACUCACUAUUGGUGAGUUGGUGCUUCUGCGAACUUCUGUCAUUCUUAAUGUGGUCUAUAUAGAAGAUCACUGGUGGGGUGUUGAGGUGUGCAUCCCAAAUGGAAACCUGUUGUCUAUAUAGUGCUAUUUAUGGAAUAGGGUGCACUUUAUAUGGAGUAGUGUGUCAUGUGGGAUACAGUCAAGGGUUGUAACUAGGGGAUUUAACUUGUUCUUAAUGUCAAGCACUCUACUGUAAGAGUAUGAUUAUGUCCAAUAACAAACCAGAUUGUUUUAAUACUCCUCAACCAUUGGCUGACAGUACGUAUGAGAUAAGGCCUUAUGGAACUUCAUAACACUGCGUGUUAAAGCCUGUAUGUUGCCCGUUUAUGAUCAGUCAUUACUGUAAAAUAAUGCUGUAUACCAGUAAAGAAUAGGGCCGUACUAUCUAUGAAGAUGAAUAAUAAACAGUAAGACUGUU